UUGGACCUCAUGAUGCGGUUAAGUCGUGUUAGCUGCCAGGUGUGCUGCACGCAGAGCAGGCAGUAACAGCAUGGCUUACAGUGCGAAGAUCGGUCCGUCCAUCCUGAGCAGCGACCUGUCCUGUCUGGGCAGCGAGUGCGUGCGGAUGAUGGAGUGCGGGGCAGAUUACCUGCACCUCGACGUUAUGGACGGGCACUUUGUCCCCAACCUCACAUUUGGACACCCCAUGGUAGAGUGCCUGAGGAAGUCAGUAGGCCAAGACCCUUUUUUUGACAUGCACAUGAUGGUGUCUCGGCCAGAGCAGUGGGUGAAGCCCAUGGCUGCAGCAGGAGCCAACCAGUAUACAUUCCAUAUUGAGUCCACCACCAACCCUGGUAACCUCAUCAAGGAGAUAAAGGAGAGUGGCAUGAAGGUGGGUUUGGCCAUAAAGCCUGGUACUACUGUUGAAGAGCUAGCACCCUGGGCUAACCAGAUCGACAUGGCUCUGGUCAUGACUGUUGAACCUGGCUUUGGAGGGCAGAAGUUCAUGGAGGACAUGAUGCCAAAGGUGAGCUGGUUGAGGAGUCAGUUUCCUUCAUUAGACAUUGAAGUAGAUGGAGGAGUCGGCCCUGACAGCAUUCACAAGUGUGCAGAGGCAGGAGCCAACAUGAUAGUGUCAGGCAGCGCUGUGAUAGGCAGCGACGACCCUCGUUCUGUCAUCUCUCUCCUGCGCACCGUGGUGGCCGAAGCAAUCCAGAAACGUUCGCUGGACCGCUGAGAUGUCCUCCUUGUGACACCCUACCUGCCACAACUCAGCAGCCAGUGGGACAGACUCAAAAUAGACAUUUCUGGGUUUGAGGUCAGGGUUCAUGGUCAGAGCACGGGGCUAAUGGCCAAAUGCAAAUCACUUUGAUGUGAGUGAAGCUGAACUGUGCCUCCUACAAAACUUUCUGAACUUCAUUCUGUCCUGCCACAAUCUCCUCUUUGAGCAGUUAACUCAAAGUGAGUCUCAUCUCAGCAUGGGGAUAACCAUUUCGAGACUGGAGCUGAGGUGAUGCUUACUUCCAUCUGUAAACAUUCCUGAAUAUUGUUUGACACAGUAUUAAGUGUAAAUUAGUCAUGGAAAUAAAAUGGUCCAAUGAGCACUGUGUUU